CAUUUCAUUUCCACAGACCUUUUGCGAAAAAAUCCAUGGCAGACUCCGCGGUUAGAUGCAGCGAAAACAGGCAACUCAUUUAUGGAGAAUAUGAUUGUAGUUUAGAUGAUUUGCUUAUGCGUAAUUCCAUGGAGCCUGGCAGUGAGCAAAAUCUGCAGCAACAAUUUGGUCAAACAGUAGGCUCGUCCACAAAUCAAGGCAGUCCGGCCUCUGCCGGAACAAUUCAAAGGCCGCAGGAACGAUUCGUUCAACCAGCAGAUACAAUCGAAUCAUCAUUACCAGACCGCUUGAUAAAUCAAGCGGAAAGCAGUCAGGCAGCCCCUGUAACAGAGCAAUAUUUAGGCCAAUCUCUGUCAAAAUCUCCUCAUUCACAGAGAAAUAUUGGUGGAAUUAGUAAAGAAGAACCAUGGCGUGCGGGGAAAAGGGUGCACAGUAGAUUAUAUAGGCAGAGAGUCAAGGGAAGAGAUAAGCUAAUUAAGGAAAAGAGCCAACUGAAGAAGUCCAGUAAGAAGAUAUUUGAGGCUGAAAAAUGGAGAUUGAAGCGUGAAAUUGAUGAAAAGGAACAGCUAAUGAAUUCGAUUAUGGAGGCAACUGAAAAGGGGAGAUUGAAGCGUGAAAUUAACGAAAAGGAACUGCUAAUGAAGUCUAAUCUGGAGCCAUUUGAGGGGGAAAAUGGAGGAUUAAAACACGAAAUUCAGGCAAAAUCACAACUAAUGAAGUCCAACAUGGAGACACUUGAGGCAGAAAUGAAGCGGUUAAAUGAUGAAUUCGAAUCUCUAAAAAGAAACAAUGUCUCUGUGAAUCGAAAGGUGCAAGUUCAGUUAACGGAAUUGGCUGAGCUCAGAAAUAAACUUGACGAGCUGAAGCAACAAAAUCAGAGAACAAAAAAGAAGCGCAGGAUAUCCUCAACCAGAGAGUGGAAGGCCGCACAGAUUCAAUUAGAGAAAGGUGGGGAACUAGUGAGGCCUGCAAUGCCAUGUAUGAUGGAAAACUUUGAUGUGGAACAGGAUGAAGGCAGUAAGGUGGUUCUGUGUGGGGUGGGAGAUGUUUUCACUUGGCUUCCAACAAUGAAGGUUUUUCUUUUCUUUUUCUUUUUUGUUUUGGUAAUGUCGUGCAGUGGAGUUUGAACAAUCACAUGAAUUCACUGUUUGUAAAUUGGCGUAGAGUUUGUUUAUGCCUUCAGAAAUUAAUACUAUCUCAAAGAAGAAUAAUUACUUGAAGAAAUAAUUUUAGUACUUUGAACUCUUGAGAAGAGUUAAAUGAUGAUGGGUUAAGCUCUUGGAAGAAUUUAUUGUUGUAAGUUAAAAUUCUUAGAAGACUUAAAUUGAAUUAGGUACAAUGUAAUUUUUUAAAUUUGAUGUUUCUUUUGAACCUCAUAAAAAUUCUUCUAUUUA